AACGUCCUGAUUUCAGCACUCACAAUGGACAGCAGAUCCGCUCUGAUCAUUUGUAUACUGCUCUCUGCCACUGUUAUACAAGCGUUUUCUGUACAACGCAGUGAUCGAUGUCUGUGCAAAAAACUUGCCAAUAAAAUAAAAAAAGCAUCCAUAGAAAAACUUGAAAUAAUGCCCAAGAGCCACACUUGUGGAAAAGUGGAGAUCAUAGCAACAAUAAAAGGAUCAACAAAAAUAAAAUGCUUGGACCCAAAAGCCAGGGCGAUUAUAAAGAUCCUAAAAAGUUAUGAACAGAGGAGAAAACAAAUGAAAGAGAAUGCUUAAGUUUGAGUUUGAGACAACUAUGUGACCUGACAUCAAGAGCAACAUAAUUAUCUUAAGUCAACCUAUGGACAUCAUUAAGGAUAUUAGGAUCUACUUUGCUGAUAGUACAAAGCAAACACAAAUGUGCCUUUUAUUGUCAUGAUUUUGCUGAAACUCAGGUGUCAUUUUUCUUAUGUUCUGUGCAUUAUGCAUGAUGUAAAUGGUGUUUUAAUUCUUGUACCGCAGUUGGUUUGUAAAAGUGUGUAAGUAUACUGUAUAUUUGUAAAAAAAAAAUAUGUCUUUGUUGUUUGUUAAAAGCUAACACAGAAACAGUUGAAAUUCUGCUAAAAGAUUUUGUAUUUUUGCAAUAAAAGUGUUAAUAUUUCA